UUCCUCUCUUACCCACUGACGCCAUUGAAGGAAGACCCCGGAGCUUUUUGGGAGCUCAGAUCUCUGCAGAAGAAGCCCUAGAAUUCUCCAGUGAGCAUUCAGUGCUGCGAUCCCUGCCGAGCUAAGCUGGCUGCCGUUCGUAUCUUUUCGCACUAUUUCGGGUUACAGAAGCUCGUAAGUUGAAUGAGCCGCACGAAACAAGAUUAAUCAGUUCAUAGGAGAAGAAUUGAAGUUCACGUCCAUAACUGAAUAUUUGUAUUAGGUAGCGACUGGACUGACCAUUCAUCAGUUCAUAGUGGAAUAUGAAGUCUUGACUGCAUUAUGAAUAUUUGUGGGAAACAUGAACAUCGUUAAGGGAGUUGCUGAUCUGAUCCGAAGGACUUCUGGCACCCAAACUGGAGAGUCCGGUUUGGGGUCGCAUUCUGACAGGUUUUCGCCUCCGGCACCCAGAAUCUGCUUCAGUGAAGUUGGUGAUGAGGCCGUUUUGUAUACACUAUGGGAGAGAUAUGAGAAAGAAAUUGAUAAGGUGGAAAAGAAAAAGUCCUUUCAUGUUUUCUUGAAGCAAUUCUUGAGUAUAUACCAGAACUGGGAGCCUGUUGAUUUAGGGGAGUUGUUCGAGGCAACUCCCUUGAAUGAGCAACUAGAGGAGCAUCCAACAUGUGCUGGUGACACGGUCAUUGGUUGCUCUGCUGGACAUCCUCCGGAAGUAAUUUUGAUCUUUACCCAAGAGCUUGGCCAAAUAAAUGCAAUGAUCACAGAAUUGAGUACCAGCAUAUUGCAAUCAACUAAUAAUUUUCCAGAGCCUCCCAUAAGCUCAAAUAUAACUUCGGAGGGGCUCUGUCUUCUGGAAGCUUUGUCAGUAAUUACUCGGUCAAUGCAUAACUGCAGAACUUUUGGCUACUAUGGUGGAGUUCAAAAGCUGACUGCAGUGCUGAAAGGGGCUGUUAUCCAACUGAAGACAGUAACUGGGGCUCUUUCUACCGAUGAAAGUUUAUCCAACUUUACUCUUGAUAAGAUCAAAAUAUUGCAGCGAGUACUGGUUCAUGCUGUGUCCAUAAUUUUAAACUUUAUUGAUUUGGACGCACAUAUACACCGAAAGGAUAUUCUAGGCGAUAUUACUCAAUUUUAUUUUCCCAAGGGCUCUGCAAUGCUUGUCGGCUCUGCUGUUGAUGUUGAGGCUUCUCCGUCUGAAGCGAGGUUACAGUGGCAGCAGAAGGCUGUUGUAUCUGUGAUGGAGGCGGGUGGCCUUAAUUGGUUAGUAGAGCUUUUGCGUGUAAUCAGAAGAUUGAGUAUGAAAGAACAGUGGUCAGAUAUGAAUCUUCAGCAUCUGACCCUGAGAACUCUACGAGCAGCAUUAUCUGGGAAUCCACGUGGUCAGAAUCAUUUCAAAAGCAUAGGUGGACUUGAGGUUCUGCUGGAUGGACUAGGUCUUCCAUCAAAUAACACACUAAAACUGGACAGUACCUCAGAUUUUAAUGAGAACAGAGAUGGGAAUCCUUUGCUGUUUCUCUUUCAGCUUCACACACUCUCCUUCGAAGUUCUGCGGGAAGCUACCUUUGGGAAUUUGAGCAACUUGCAGUUUCUAUGUGAAAAUGGGAGGGUUCAUAAAUUCGCCAAUAGCUUUUGUUCUCCUGUGUUCAUUCUUCAAGAUCACAAAGGGCAUGCUAAGCUUUUGUCUGGCCAGAAUAAGUCUCAGAUUCCUUCAUCCGACCUUGAAGAUAUCAAUCGUUCUCAAAGAGAUGCUACAGAAUCGUCUGUUCUCCUGGGAUCCAACUUGCUCUACUCUCAAGUUUGGAAUGCUUAUGUAGCCAAGCUGAGUGAAGUUCUAUGUUCUUUUCUUUUUGUGCUGGAAGCCCCUAAGUCUCAUGUUCAAGUAGCAGCCUCUCGAGCUGCAGUUCCAGUCUCGUCAGCAUAUUGUGAACUUUCAAUUAAAUGGAUAUUGAGGGUUCUACUCACAGUAUUCCCUUGCAUCAAAGCUUGCUCCGAUCAAAAUGAGCUGCCGACACAUUUAAGGGUCUUCAUAAACACUUUGCAGCGUUCUGUGCUGAAUACAUUCCAGAAGGUUCUCACUUCUUCACCUGCAUAUUUGGAAGUAUUCCGGGAUGAGGGGAUAUGGGACCUCCUCUUCUCUGAGAAUUUCUUCUAUUUUGGGCCUGCAUUUGAUGAUUCAUCUGGAGAGUGGUCCACUGGUGAUGAAGAGUUUUCUCGAAGGCUUGGCAUACUUUAUUCCUCCAAUUCUCUCGAUCCCACUAAGGCAACUGGUGCAGAAUUAUUGCAGAUGGAUUUGAUAUCUUUUGUAGAAUUGGCUGCCACAUCUAAAGGAAGUGCCCACAACUUGCCUGAGCUAUCAGUUUUACUAGAUGCACUUGAACAGUCUGCUUGUAAUCCUGUGCUUGCUAUCAUUCUUGCAAGAAGUCUACUUCGGAUAUUACAGCUUUCAACAGAAAAAACUGUCGCAUCCUUUAAGGCACUUGAUGCAAUUCCACGGGUUCUUAAAGUGGUUUGUGUUCAAGCUCAAGAAUCCAGGAGGUCAAAAUCAGCCGUAAAUUGGCAUAGAUGCAUGGAAAUUUCCAUUAGUCUAUUCACGGAGUUCUUAUCGAGAGCAGAUGUUGGGAAUAAGUUCAUUUUAGAAAGCUUUACGAGCAUUGAUUGUUUAUUUGAGUUGUUUUGGGAGGAAAAAUUGAGAAAUCAUGUGCUGAAACACGUUCUUGAUCUCAUGAAGAUUAUUCCAACUUCUGAGGAUGAUCGAAAGGCAAAGUUGUAUUUGUGCUCUAAGUAUUUAGAAACUUUCACUCAAAUAAGGGAACGGGAGAAAAGCUUUGCUGAGCUGUCUAUUGUUCUAUUGGUUGGAAUGAGAGAUAUGAUCAGGAGUAAUCCUUUGUACUUUCAAGAUUUGUUUCGAGAUGGGGAAUGCUUUCUGCAUGUUGUCUCAUUGCUAAAUGGUAAUCUUGACACAAUGAUGGGAGAGGAGUUAGUUUUGAAUGUCCUCCAAACGCUUACAUGUCUUCUUGCUAAUAAUGAUGCCUCAAAGGCUGCGUUUAGAACUCUUGUUGGCACUGGUUAUCGAACAUUGCAGAGCUUGCUACUGGACUUUUGCCAGUGGCGUCCAAGUGAAGCUCUUCUAAAUGCUCUCCUUGAUAUGCUAGUUGAUGGAAAAUUCGAUGUAAAAGCAAAUCAUAUUAUAAAGAAUGAAGAUGUAAUCAUACUUUACCUAAGCGUUCUGCACAAGAGCAGUGAGUCUCUGUGUCAUCAUGGGCUCAACUUGUUUCAGAUACUGCUGCGGGAUUCCCUUUCAAACCAAGCGUCAUGUGUUAGAGCCGGGAUGCUUAGUUUUCUUCUUGAUUGGUUUUCUCAGGAAGAAAAUGAUAGUAUUAUCAUGAAAAUUGCGCAAUUAAUUCAGGUCAUUGGUGGGCAUAGUAUAUCUGGGAAAGAUAUCCGCAGAAUUUUUGCUCUCCUUCGAAGUGAGAAAAUUGGAGCACGGCAGCAAUAUUGUUCCUUGCUGUUGACAAGUGUCCUAUCGAUGUUGAAUGAGAAGGGACCCACUGCCUUCUUUGACCUCAGUGGCAUUGAUUCUGGUAUCAAAAUCAAGACACCUAUUCAGUGGCCACUAAAUAAAGGUUUCUCUUUUUCUUGUUGGCUGAGGGUAGAAAACUUCCCCAGAAUUGGGGCAAUGAGUCUUUUCAGUUUUCUCACAGAUAAUAAUAAAGGUUGCAUGGCACUCCUUUCGAAGGAUUGGCUUAUAUACGAGUCCAGUAAUCUGAAGCGACAGUGCGCUCAGCUGCAUGUUAACCUAGUGAGAAAAAAAUGGCAUUUUUUAUGUAUCACUCAUAGUAUUGGAAGAGCAUUUUCUGGUGGGAGCCUAUUGAGGUGUUAUGUGGAUGGCAAUCUUGUAUCAUCUGAAAGAUGCAGUUAUGCCAAAGUUAAUGAACUCUUGACACAAUGUUCGGUCGGCGCAAAAGUAUCUCUGCCUGUAUAUGAUGAAGACGGUUCUGCCGAAUUCCAAGAAUCAUAUGCUUUUCAUGGUCAGAUUGGUCCUGUUUAUAUGUUUAAUGAUGCCAUAUCUUCUGAGAUCAUCCAGGGAAUCUAUUCUCUGGGACCGAGCUACAUGUACUCAUUUGUUGAUCAAGCUGCAUCUUUUAGUAAUAACCAGUUACCUAGUGGAAUUUUUGAUCCCAAAGAUGGUCUUGCAUCCAAGAUAAUGUUUGGACUCAAUGCUCAGGCAAGUGAUGGCAGGACAUUGUUGAAUGCAUCAGCAAUGUUGGAUCAAGCACUAGAUAAGAAUUCGUUUGAGGCUACGGUGAUGAUUGGAACGCAAUUGUGCUCACGGCGCUUGCUUCAAGAGAUAAUCUAUUGUGUCGGUGGUGUAUCCGUCUUUUUCCCCCUGAUUGCACAGUCUGACAGAUAUGAAAGUGAAGAAAGUGGGCAAUUUGAAGAUUUGUUGACUCCUAUUACCAAAGAGCGUUUGACUGCUGAAGUUAUUGAGCUUAUAGCUUCGGUCCUGGAUGAGAAUUUAGCUAAUCAGCAGCAGAUGCAUCUUCUUUGCGGUUUCUCAAUACUUGGGUUCUUGUUGCAAUCAGUUCCUCCACAGCAGCUUAAUUUGGAAACUCUCUCAGCUUUGAAACAUCUAUUCAACGUAAUAACAAAUUGUGGCUUGGCGGAAGUGCUUAUUGAAGAUGCCAUAUCUCAUGUAUUUCUAAAUCCUCUAAUCUGGGUUUACACAGCAUACAGAGUACAGCGCGAGCUGUACAUGUUUCUUAUCCAACAAUUUGACAAUGACCCAAGAUUACUCACCAGUCUUUGCCGUCUACCACGUGUCCUUGAUAUUAUACGCCAAUACUAUUGGGAUGUGAAAUCAAGAGUUUCAGUAGGGGGCAGGCCUCUGCUGAAUCCUGUUACGAAAGAAGUUAUUGGAGAGCGACCUAGUCAAGAUGAAAUACGUAAAAUUCGUCUUCUUUUAUUGGGCCUUGGUGAAAUGAGUCUUAGGCAGAGUAUUGCAGCUGGAGAUAUAAAAGCAUUGGUAGCUUUCUUUGAGACCAGUCAAGAUAUGGCAUGUGUUGAAGAUGUACUGCAUAUGGUCAUUCGUGCCAUCUCCCAAAAGCCACUGCUUGCCAGCUUCCUGGAUCAAGUAAACUUAAUCGGUGGCUGUCAUAUUUUUGUAAACCUUCUUCAGAGGGAGUAUGAGCCAAUCAGAUUACUAAGCUUGCAGUUCCUUGGAAGACUUCUAGUUGGUAUUCCUUCCGAGAAGAAGGGACCAAGAUUUUUCAAUCUUGCUGUUGGAAGAUCGAAGUCUCUGUCAGAAAGCUAUAGGAAUAUGAGAACACAACCCAUAUUUUCUGCUAUUUCUGAUAGGUUAUUUAAAUUUCCACAGACAGACAAUUUAUGUGCCACCUUGUUUGAUGUUCUUUUGGGUGGUGCUAGCCCGAAACAGGUGUUACAGAAGCAUAACCAGGUUGAGAAGCAUAGAAGCAAGGGAAAUAAUUCUCAGUUUUUCCUUCCUCAGAUAUUGAGUCUUAUAUUCAGAUUCUUAGCUGGGUGCCAAGAUGCUUCCACAAGAAUCAAAAUUCUUGGAGAUCUUAGUGAUCUACUUGAUACGACUGCAUCAAAUAUUGAAGCUCUUAUGGAACAUGGAUGGAAUGCCUGGUUAGCAGCUGUUGUACAGCUCGAUGUUUUCAAGAACUAUGAAACGAAGUCACUCGAUGAAAUUGAGGCAAAUGAGCAGUUUUUUAUGAGGAGUUUAUUUUGUGUAGUUCUCGGAUACCACAUACUUUCUGUGAAAGGUGGUUGGCAACAGUUAGAAGAGACAGUAAAUUUCCUGCUAAUGCAUUUUGAGCAAGAUGGCAUACCACAUCAAUACUUGCUUCAUGAUAUAUUUGAUGACUUGGUUCAGAGGCUGCUGGCUUUUUCAUCAGAGGAGAAUAUAUUUGUUUUGCAACCGUGUCGGGACAAUACACUCUACCUACUAAAAUUGGUUGAUGAGAUGAUUAUCUCAGAACUUGACAAUAAACUUCCGUUCCCAGCUAGUAGCUCCGAUUUCACCCUGGUUUCCUUAGAUCUAGAGAGUUACAAAGACUUUAGCUCUGCAUUACAAGAGGUUUUGCGGGAAGAAGCUAAUGAGCAACCAUCAAGAAAUCCACAGGAUCUCAAACAGCAACCCACUAAUGAUGAAGAUUUCAGUGACAAAUGGUGGAAUUUAUACGAUAAUCUGUGGAUAGUAGUAAGCGCAUUAAAUGGCAAAGGACCAAGCAAGUUGCCAAAGUCAUCAUUAUCACCAGGUCCAUCUUUUGGCCAAAGAGCUCGUGGCUUAGUAGAAUCUCUGAACAUUCCUGCUGCAGAAAUGGCUGCAGUUGUUGUAUCGGGAGGGAUCAGCAAUGCUUUAGGUGCAAAGCCUUCCAAAUCUGUGGACAAAGCGAUGCUUUUGAGAGGGGAAAGGUGCCCAAAAAUUGUAUUCAGAUUCGUCAUUCUAUAUCUAUGCAAAGCCUCUCUUGAAAGAGCAUCGCGCUGUGUCCAACAAUUCAUAUCACUUUUGCCGUAUCUUCUAGUGGUUGAUGAUGAGCAAAGCAAAACUAGAUUGCAGCUUUUCAUAUGGGCUUUGCUCGCAGUCAGGUCACGGUAUGGAAUGUUGGAUGACGGUGCUCGCUUCCAUAUCAUAUCACACUUGAUUCGAGAGACUGUCAAUUGUGGAAAAUCAAUACUUGCUACCAGCAUUGCUGGAAGAGAUGAUUCAUCAGAUUCAGGAAGCAACUCAAAAGAAUCAGGCACUAUCCAUAGUUUAAUUCAGAAGGACCGAGUGCUUACAGCAGUUGCUGACGAGGCAAAAUAUAUGAAAUUUUUGAGAACUGAUCGUAACCGACAGCUUCAUGAGCUCCGUGCUAAGAUUGAUGAUGCUUCCUCCACAGAAACUAAUAGCAUCAAAGCCUUUGAAGAUGAGAUGCAAAGCAUUUUGAAUACUAUUGUGUCUUCAGAUGACAGCAGAAAAUUUGCUUACCAGCUCAUUCUUGAGGAGCAGCAGCAGAAUGUGGCUGAAAAAUGGAUGCACCUUUUCCGCAUCUUGAUUGAUGAGCGAGGCCCAUGGUCCGCCAAUCCUUUUCCAAACAGUGCCAUCAGACAUUGGAAGCUUGACAAAACAGAAGAUCGGUGGCGCCGCAGACAAAAGCUGAGGCAAAAUUAUCAUUUUGAUGAGAAACUCUGUUACCCUCCACGCUCUGUUCCUCAGGAGGAAGGGACCCUCGCUGUUACUGAGAGCAAAUAUGGCUUUGUGGGACAUAUUCCAGAGCAAAUGAAGCGCUUCCUACUGAAAGGUGUCCAUCGGAUUACUGAUGAGGGGAGCUCAGAACUGAAUGAUAGUGAGAGCGAAUUAACUGCACUAAAGGCCUCCAGUUCUGAGGAGCCUACGGAUAGCCAACAUUCACAGAGAGAGAGAGAAAUGAGUGACCAUAAGGAUAUUAUGCAGGAGAGAAUGGAUUCUCCCUCCUCUCCUGAGACUGAAGAAAGCGAGGUUCUUAUCUCGGCUCCAUGUGUGCUUGUGACCCCAAAGAGAAAACUAGCAGGACGGUUGGCUGUAAUGAAGGCUGCCUUGCAUUUUUUUGGUGAAUUUUUGGUCGAGGGCACUGGUGGAUCAUCUGUGUUCAAGAAUUUACAAGCAUCAAGCAAUCCUGAUCCUAGCAAGUCUGGUCCAAAGCAGAGGUCUUCAAAAUGGAACCUUCAGAUGGAGAUGGAAUCUGAGAAGGGUCCUGUGCCUGAUAACUCUGAGGCAGUCAAUGAGAAUGCGCACAUCCAUCGGAAACAAUUGAAAAUUCUCAAACGGCACAGGAGAUGGAAUAUCGGCAAGAUAAAAGCUGUGCAUUGGACUCGUUAUCUGCUCAGGUACACUGCGACAGAGGUCUUCUUCAGUGACUCAGUCGCCCCUGUCUUUUUUAACUUUGCAACCCAGAAGGAUGCUAAAGAGAUUGGAACUUUAAUAGUUGCUACCAGGAAUGAAUUUUUGUUCCCCAAGGGAAGUAAUAAGGACAAGAGUGGCAUCAUUUCUUUUGUUGAUAGACGGGUAGCUUUGGAAAUGGCAGAAACUGCCAGAGAAAGAUGGCGGAGAAGGGACAUAACUAACUUUGAGUAUCUAAUGAUACUAAAUACACUCUCAGGGAGAUCUUACAAUGAUAUAACACAAUAUCCUGUGUUUCCAUGGGUUUUAGCUGAUUAUUCAUCAGAGACUCUUGAUUUCAACAAAUCAUCAACCUUCCGGGACCUAUCAAAACCUGUUGGAGCUUUGGACUCAAAACGAUUUGAGGUUUUUGAAGAUAGGUUCUGUAAUUUCUGUGAUCCAGAUAUCCCAAGCUUCUACUAUGGGUCUCAUUACUCAAGCAUGGGGAUCGUACUAUACUAUCUCCUUAGACUAGAGCCAUUCACAGGUCUUCACCGUCACUUGCAGGGGGGUAAGUUUGACCAUGCAGAUCGUCUCUUUCAAAGUGUUGAGGGUACUUAUCGGAAUUGCUUGUCUAAUACAAGUGACGUAAAGGAGUUAAUACCAGAGUUCUUUUACAUGCCGGAGUUUCUUGUCAAUUCAAACUCUUAUCACCUAGGUGUUAAGCAGGAUGGCGAGCCCAUUGGGGAUGUAUGUCUCCCUCCUUGGGCUAAGGGCUCGCCAGAGGAAUUUGUGAGUAAGAACCGUGAGGCUCUUGAAAGCGAGUAUGUUAGCUCAAAUCUCCAUCACUGGAUUGAUUUGGUGUUUGGUUACAAGCAGCGUGGGAAGCCUGCAGUCGAGGCAGCAAAUGUGUUCUACUAUUUGACUUAUGAAGGAGCUGUGGAUCUCGACUCUAUGGAAGAUGAUUUGCAGAGAUCAGCAAUUGAGGACCAGAUUGCCAAUUUUGGCCAAACACCAAUUCAGAUUUUCCGCAAGAAACACCCGCGGAGAGGGCCGCCGAUUCCAAUUGCCCAUCCUCUAUACUUUGCACCGAGCUCUAUAAAUUUGAGUUCUGUUGUGUCCAUUGCUAAUUAUCCGCCCUCAGCAGUAUUAUAUGUUGGUAUUGUGGACUCCAACGUUGUUCUCGUGAGCCAAGGGCUGACCUUGUCUGUCAAAAUGUGGUUGACGACCCAGUUACAAUCUGGUGGCAAUUUCACCUUCUCCAGUUCCCAGGAUCCUUCCUUUGGAAUCGGUUCUGAUGUUCUUUCUCCUCGCAAAAUUGGGAGUCCUUUGGCUGGAAAUUCUGAAUCUGGAGCACAGUACUUUGCAACAAUGCAAACACCUACUGAGAAUUUCCUAAUCUCGUGCGGGAAUUGGGAGAAUAGUUUCCAAGUGAUAUCACUAAAUGAUGGAAGAAUGGUGCAGAGCAUCAGACAGCAUAAGGAUGUGGUCAGCUGUGUUGCAGUGACUUCUGAUGGAAGUAUCCUCGCUACUGGAAGUUAUGACACCACAGUCAUGGUAUGGGAAGUUAUUCGUGCCCGAGCACCUGAGAAGAGAGUCCGCAACUCGCAGAGUGACUCCCACCGUAAAGAUUAUGUAGUCUCUGAAACUCCAUUCCACAUACUAUGCGGGCACGAUGAUAUAAUAACCUGCCUAUUUAUCAGUGUGGAGCUCGAUAUAGUUAUAAGCGGGUCCAAGGAUGGAACCUGUAUCUUCCACACCCUAAGGGAGGGAAGGUACGUUCGGUCGUUGAGACAUCCCUCAGGAAGCCCAAUAGGCAAGCUUGCCGCCUCUCCUCAUGGGAGAAUAGUCCUUUAUGCUGAUGAAGAUCUCAGUCUGAACCUUUACUCAAUUAACGGAAAGCGCCUUGCUUCUUGUGAGUCCAAUGGGAGGCUUAACUGCGUUGAGCUGAGCAGUUGUGGGGAGUUUUUGGUCUGCGGAGGGGACCAGGGUCAGGUAGUUGUGAGAUCUAUGAACUCGCUCGAAAUCAUUCAGAGAUACAGUGGAGUUGGGAAGGUUAUAACUUCGUUAGUGGUGACACCGGAAGAGUGCUUCUUAGCUGGGACGAAGGAUGGGAACCUUCUUGUUUACUCAAUCGAGAAUGCUCAGCUUCGCAGAAGUAGUCUUCCACGAAGCUCAAAGUCAAAAUCCUUGGCGACAGGAUAAAUCUGCUACUGGGAACAAAAGUUGAUGAUUACAUUUUGAUGCCAGUGCCUGUUGCUUUGAAGGACAUGGGGAACAUACCUUUGCAAAGGCCCUUGUUCUGCCUCAGUCCAUCCAAGGGGGAAAGCGAUUGCAUCGGACAGGUCAGCCUACUUUCCUUGUGACUGUUGCGAGAUGUACAGAUUCCGACUCUUCGAGUCAGAUUGUCGCAUUAUACGAUGAAAAUUGUCGCGUUAUACGAUGAAAAUACGAGGAAUCUUCUUCAAAGAGUACCGCAUUUGUGUACAUUAUAUCCUCAAUAGAUUGGUUAGGCUUGCUCUGUAUUAAAUCAAGAAACGGCCUUUCUUCUUCUGUAAUAUUAACUGUUAUUGAGCAGCGCACAGGGCUUUCAACUGCCUGCCCAUGUAGAGAACUUUGUAUAGAUAAUCUCCCCAUAAAUCUUUUCAUCAUAAAAGAUCGUCUUGUCUUGCCGGUGCUUCGUGGUUUUCAGAUUUCGUGAUACUGCUA